AACCCAGCGAGGCUUCUGUGCUAUAUGAGACAUUCCUUUUACUUUAGUGGUAUUUGAUAGAUUUUCAAGAUGACAGUUGUUCUUGUUUAGCAAUUUUAAUGCACUUUUGAAGAAACUUGCAGUGAAAUGUAGUCACGUGACAUACGAGAUUUGUGAAGCGAAGAUGGCGGCGUCCAGCUAAAAACUUUGUCGCUUUGUUCAAAUUCUUCAUAUUACAGUGAAUAUCCAGGUCUUGUACAGACCUUAAGGCACAUAAUAUAUAUAAACAGGUCAAGUGUUUAUUUUAGAAGAAUUCUUACUUCGAUCAAGAUCCAAGACGAGCUAGAAAUUCAAGAUGGUUGAGGAGGUUACCAAGCACUCCGUACAUACCUUAGUCUUCAGGUCUCUGAAGAGAACCCAUGAUAUGUUCCUGUCAGACCACGAAAAACCCGUGGUAAGAGAUGCAACAAGUGAUGCAGUAAAGAGGAACUGUAAGGCACAUGAUGAGUAUGGACCAGUGAUGAACAUGGUGGAAGAGUCACAUCUAGAGAGACAGCAGCCAUCAAACGCUUACCCAGAUCCACAUCAACCAGACUUCCAGAUAGAGAACCCAGUGAUGUUGGGAGUCCAUCCCUACCCCAGUGUGCCAGGUGUAGAGUUAAGUGCAGACACCAUGGCACAGGUGCGAGGUCCCAGCAAUGCUGGUAUCCAAGACGUGAUGCGGGCCCUGCCUCCCUCGCAGGCCAAACUAGAGGCUGAGCGGACUGCAGCCAGCGUAGCCGACAUCCACAGACACCACGGACCUGAACGGUCAAUGGCAUUGGUUGCAGUGGACAAAACUAAGGGAGCCCUGGUGCCCAGGAAGGCCCCCACCAUGCCCAAGCCCCAGUGGCACUCCCCCUGGAAGCUGCACAGGGUCAUCAGUGGACACCACGGCUGGGUCAGGUGUUUAGACUUUGAGCCUGGCAACCAGUGGUUUGUCACAGGGUCCAAUGAUAGAGUCAUCAAGAUCUGGGACCUGGCCAGUGGUCGGCUGAAGCUGUCCCUGACUGGACACAUCAGCACUGUGAGGGGCGUGGUCGUGUCUCCACGGCAACCCUACCUUUUCUCCUGUGGUGAAGACAAGCAGGUGAAGUGCUGGGACCUGGAGUACAACAAGGUGAUCCGACACUACCAUGGACAUCUUAGUGCCUGUUAUGCCAUCGAUCUUCACCCAACCAUAGACGUCCUGGUCACUUGUGGGAGGGAUGCCUCUGCAAGGGUGUGGGAUAUGCGGACCAAAGCUAACAUCCACUGCCUAUCAGGACACACCAACACUGUAGCUGAUGUCAAGUGUCAGGCUACUGAACCACAGAUUAUCACUGGCAGCCAUGACUGCACUAUUCGUCUGUGGGACUUGGUGGCGGGAAAGACACGGGCAACCCUGACCAAUCACAAGAAGAGUAUCAGAUCCAUCGUGCUGCACCCAAAACUCUACAUGUUUGCAUCAGCCUCCCCAGACAACAUAAAACAGUGGAAGUUCCCUGAUGGAAACUUCCUACAGAACCUGUCUGGUCACAACGCCAUCGUCAACACACUGGCCCUGAAUCAGGACGGCGUGCUUGUUUCUGGAGCUGACAAUGGUACCCUGCACUUCUGGGACUGGAGAACAGGGUAUAACUUCCAGCGGAUCCACUCGGCCGUGCAGCCCGGGUCGCUGGACAGCGAGUCUGGCAUCUACGCCGCCAAGUUCGACCUGAGCGGUACGCGGCUUCUGAACUGUGAGGCUGACAAAACUAUCAAGAUAUACAAGGAAGACGAGUCAGCGUCUGAAGAGACCCACCCUGUCAACUGGAAGCCAGAGAUCAUCAAGAAGAAGAAGUACUGAUUACUGAGGUGCCCCCCUCCCUCCCUCCAUGCCCUGUUCAUUAUACUCAUAUACUGUAUGUAAAAUACUGCCAGACAAGAAAUGCAAGCUUUGCCUUGAAGAUCCCAAAUGUACAUGUACUGGAAAAUUGCGACAGCGCCUAGAAGUUGAAGGUAAUUCUCUCCUGGUGAAGCAAUACGUAUCUGCAAUCUGUGUAUGUGUAUGUGUAAGUUACAUGGGUGACAUGUGAAAGGUAAAGGCUUAUUUCUGGGGUCAUUUCUUUUUUUUACUCAAUACUGGAGCACUACCGCUCCAAGGAAUGGAAAAGGGACAAAAUCUGUGCUUAUUUUCAUAUACCCAUAAGACUAACUUAAGUCACAUAGUUUGUAUAUUAGCUUUAUAAUACAAUGGUUGUACUCAAUGGAACUGUAGUGUAGGCCUUCCAACACUUUGACAGUUUACUGUCAGAACAACCUUUUUUUGUCUAAGUGUAUGUGAAGCUAAAUCCCAUGUAUUAAAAUCAAUUAAAACCAUCACACACAAA